GUCCUGGGCCUACUCCGGGCCGAAGCCUUCUGGCGUCCAGGCGCGGCCGGCCUUGUGCGCGCGAUGGGCCGCAGGCAGCGCCAAAGGCGGCAGCAGGCGCCUCCGCAGCAGAGACGGGAGAGGGGGCCUGGGGGCUGGCCUGAAGGUGGCUACCCGGAGAUCGUGAAAGAGAACGCUCUGUUCGAGCAAUACUAUGGCAAGUUGGGCAUCGUGCCCCAGGGCGAGUGGGAGAGCUUUAUGGCUGCCCUGCGGGAGCCUCUUCCAGCCACCCUCCGCAUCACAGGAUACAAGAGCCAUGCCAAAGAGAUUCUCCACUGUUUAAAGGACAAAUAUUUCAAGGAGUUAGAGAACCAGCUGGUAGAUGGCCAGAAAAUUGAAAUGCCACAGCCAUUAAGCUGGUAUCCAGAAGAGUUAGCAUGGCAUACAAAUUUAAGCAGAAAGGUCCUGCGGAAAUCCCCACAGCUAGAAAAAUUCCAUCACUUUCUUGUUAGCGAAACAGAAUGUGGGAACAUUAGUCGUCAAGAAGCUGUCAGUAUGAUUCCUCCCCUUCUCCUUAAUGUCCAGCCUCAUCAUAAGAUUCUAGAUAUGUGUGCUGCACCUGGCUCCAAGACUGCCCAACUUAUUGAGAUGCUGCAUGCAGACAUGAGUGUCCCUUUUCCAGAGGGAUUUGUAAUUGCUAAUGACGUUGACAACAAGCGCUGCUAUUUGCUAGUACAUCAGGCAAAGAGGUUGAACAGCCCUUGCAUCAUGGUUGUAAACCACGAUGCCUCCAGCAUUCCUAAUUUACAGAUCACCAGAAAUGGAAAGAAGGACAUCCUUUUCUAUGACAGGAUAUUGUGUGAUGUUCCUUGCAGUGGAGACGGGACCAUGAGGAAAAACAUUGAUGUAUGGAAAAAGUGGAGUACACAAAAUAGUUUGCAUCUACAUGGAUUGCAAUUAAGGAUUGCAACCCGUGGAGUUGAGCAGUUGGCAGAAGGAGGUAGGAUGGUGUACUCUACCUGCUCAUUGAAUCCUGUUGAAAAUGAAGCUGUCAUUGCCUCACUGCUGGAAAAAAGUGAAGGUGCAUUAGAACUUGCUGAUGUCUCUUCUGAGUUGCCAGGUCUGAAGAGGAUGCCUGGAGUUAUGCAGUGGAAGGUAAUGACGAAAGAUGGUCAAUGGUUUGAAGACUGGAAAAAUGUGCCUUCCAAUAGACAAACUCAAAUUCGGCCCACAAUGUUCCCCCUAAAAGAUGAAGAGAAACUUAAAGCAUUACAUUUGGAGCGCUGCCUGAGAAUUUUGCCACAUCAUCAGAAUACUGGAGGUUUCUUUGUAGCUGUAUUAAUUAAAAAAUCUGCCAUGCCAUGGAAUAAACGUCAACCCAAGUUCCAGCACAAGCUGCCACAGAAGACGGAAGAUGUAUCGCCUGUGGCUGCAGAACAAGGUUCUUCAGAAACCGUUGAAGGCCUUGUGGCCUUAGAAGCAAAAGGUGGAGACCCCUUGGUAACAGAAAAUGCUGAAAACAAGAAGGAUGGAGUUUGUGGGCCUCCAUCUAAAAAAAUGAAGCUUUUUGGAUUUAAGGAAGAUCCAUUUGUGUUCCUUACUGAAGAAGAUCCUCUAUUUCCACCUAUUCAGACUUUUUAUGCAUUGGAUCCUUCAUUCCCCAAGAUGAAUUUGUUAACCCGUACUCAGGAAGGAAAAAAGAGGCAGCUGUACAUGGUUUCCAAGGAGAUAAGGAAUGUACUGCUGAACAACAGUGAAAAGCUGAAGGUUAUUAACACAGGGAUAAAGGUUUGGUGUCGCAAUAGUGAUGGAGAACAAUUUGGCUGUGCCUUCAGAUUAGCUCAAGAGGGAAUAUAUACACUUUACCCCUUUAUUAAUGCAAGGAUCAUAAAUGCCAGCAUAGAAGAUGUUAAAGUGCUGCUAACAGAAGAGAACCCGUUCUUAAGUAAACUCAGCAAUGAGGCACGCAAUCAAGUAAAAGGGCUAGCUAUGGGGAGCAUCGUCUUGAAGUAUGAACCAAAUACAAUCGAACCAGAUACCCUUCAAUGUUCUAUUGUGCUUUGUGGCUGGCUUGGCAAGACUUCCCUUCGUGCUUUUGUGCCCAAGAAUGAGAGGUUGCAUUACCUGCGGAUGAUGGGGGUUGAAGUCUUCAAAGCAAAGAGGAAAGAAGAAAGUGUGGAAGACAAAACAGAAGCAGGCACCACGGAACAAGUGCUGGAAGAAAUGGACUUGGAAUGCGAAGCCAAGGAAAACAAUGAGUUACCUGCACAAAUAGAAGAUGAACUGAAUGAGCAAUCUGUAAAGGAACUUAUGGAAACCAGUGUGAUAGAGAACAGUUCUUCCAGCGACAAAAAUGAGAGCACCAAAAAUACAGAAAUCAAAAAUAAUGUUGACCUUGGUGAUAUAAAAGACUAAGAUGUUACUUUCCAUUAACUAUCCAUGUGCAUUGUUUUAGAUAAUUAUGCUGCAGUUAAGCAUCUUCAACCAAAUUUUAAUAAAAGACUAUUUCAAUUGCUAGGAAAA